GGCUUAUGGGGACACGCGUGGGGCUCCGUGCGUGGGGGCGGCGGGAAGGAGCAGCGCAGCGACGACCUGAGCCCUGUAGGAAACGGGCGGAAAGCCACCUUCGUGCCAAAACUAAUUAAAGCAAAGCGAGGGUUACCUGGCUCAGAGGUGAGAAAGAUUGCUGGAGACUGCCGUCGGGUGGCUGGUUUACAACUACCUGUACCUUCCUUCACAGAAAGACCUAAAUUACCAGAUAAUUACACUCAGGACACCUGGCAAAAACUUCAUGAGGCAGUGGGAGCGAUACAGAGUAGUGUUUCUAUUAAAUACAACCUUGAAGAGCUCUACCAGGCUGUUGAAAACCUCUGUUCUUAUAAAGUCUCUGCUACACUGUACAAACAGCUGCGACAAGUCUGUGAAGAUCAUGUGAAAGCACAAAUACUUCAAUUUAGAGAAGAUUCUCUGGAUAGUCUUUUAUUUUUAAAGAAGAUAAAUAAAUGCUGGCAAGAUCACUGCAGACAAAUGAUCAUGAUCAGAAGCAUUUUCUUAUUUUUGGAUCGUACAUAUGUACUUCAGAAUUCAAUGCUUCCUUCUAUAUGGGAUAUGGGGCUAGAGUUAUUUAGAAAUCACGUCAUUAGUGACAAGCAAGUUCAAAACAAGACUAUUGAUGGAAUCCUCCUGCUGAUUGAACGAGAACGAAAUGGUGAAGCUGUGGACAGAAGUUUGCUGCGGAGUUUGUUGAGCAUGCUCUCUGAUCUGCAGGUUUACAAGGAAUCAUUUGAACAGAGGUUUCUGGAAGAGACAAAUUGCUUGUAUGCUGCAGAAGGCCAAAGAUUAAUGCAAGAAAGAGAGGUCCCAGAAUAUCUUCACCAUGUUAAUAAACGUUUGGAAGAAGAAGGAGACAGAGUAAUAACAUAUUUAGACCAUAGCACACAGAAACCACUGAUUGCUUGUGUGGAGAAACAGCUACUAGGAGAACACCUAUCAGCUAUUUUGCAAAAAGGACUUGAUAACCUGCUUGAUGAAAAUAGAAUAUCAGAUUUGACCCAAACAUACCAGCUGUUCAGCCGGGUAAAAGGUGGGCAGCAGAUCCUUUUGCAACAUUGGAGUGAAUACAUCAAGAACUUUGGGACAACAAUAGUGGUUAAUCCUGAAAAAGACAAGGAUAUGGUGCAAGAGCUACUAGAUUUUAAGGAUAAAGUGGACCAUAUCAUAGAAGUGUGCUUUCAGAAAAAUGAAAAAUUUAUAAACUUGAUGAAGGAGUCCUUUGAAACAUUUAUCAACAAGAGACCAAAUAAGCCUGCAGAAUUGAUAGCAAAGUAUGUGGAUUCCAAGUUAAGAGCUGGUAAUAAAGAAGCAACUGAUGAAGAGCUGGAAAGAAUCCUUGAUAAAAUCAUGAUCAUAUUUAGAUUCAUUCAUGGUAAAGAUGUGUUCGAGGCGUUUUAUAAGAAAGACUUGGCCAAAAGACUGCUGGUCGGGAAAAGUGCAUCAGUAGAUGCUGAGAAGUCCAUGUUGUCAAAGCUUAAACAUGAAUGUGGCGCUGCUUUUACCAGCAAACUGGAGGGCAUGUUCAAGGACAUGGAACUAUCUAAAGAUGUCAUGGUUCAGUUUAAGCAGUAUAUGCAGAACCAAAGUGACCCAGGAAACAUAGACCUGACAGUAAAUAUAUUAACUAUGGGAUAUUGGCCAACUUACACACCUAUGGAAGUCAACUUGAAUUCAGAGAUGAUAAAGCUUCAAGAGGUGUUUAAAACCUUUUACCUGGGAAAACACAGUGGUCGAAAGCUUCAGUGGCAGACCACUUUAGGGCAUGCUGUCCUAAAGGCAGAAUUUAAGGAAUGAAAGAAAGAAUUUCAAGUAUCGCUCUUUCAAACAUUAGUGUUGCUUAUGUUUAAUGAAGGAGAUGAAUUCAGUUUUGAAGACAUUAAAAUGGUCACUGGUGUAGAGGACAGUGAAUUAAGGAGAACCUUGCAGUCUUUAGCUUGUGGAAAAGCACGAGUAUUGAUUAAAAAUCCAAAGGGCAAGGAUGUAGAAGAUGGAGAUAAAUUCAUCUUUAAUGGUGAUUUCAAGCACAAAUUGUUUAGAAUAAAGAUCAACCAAAUCCAAAUGAAAGAAACAGUCGAGGAACAGGUCAGCACAACUGAAAGAGUAUUUCAAGACAGGCAAUAUCAGAUUGAUGCUGCUAUUGUACGAAUAAUGAAGAUGAGAAAGACUCUUGGUCAUAAUCUCCUUGUUUCUGAAUUGUAUAAUCAACUGAAAUUUCCCGUAAAGCCUGGAGACUUGAAAAAGAGGAUUGAAUCUCUCAUUGACAGAGACUAUAUGGAGAGAGACAAAGACAACCCCAAUCAGUACCACUAUGUUGCAUAA